AUGAAGUUUGAACUCGGUGGCGCCAUCUAUGAUUGGAAGGNGGCAACCGGUACGGCCACAACUACGACGAAAAGAGUCCCGUCCACGAGCGGAGGCCGAGCUGAGAGGGCUAAAAGACGAUUGCACGAGACAGCGAGUGUUUCUAACCAAAGAAAGUUAAAGUUGCAUGUCUUUUUUAUAGACUUUGAUUGCAUUUUGACCAAUUUGAAUUUGGAACGCGUUGAAAAGGGCAAAUUCAGACUUCCUUCGAAGGAGAAAGAUCGCACAGACAAUAUCUUAAAAAGAGCAUUGGCCGUGGAACAAGGUGAUUCGAAAGUACCCUCACUCACUGAAGAACAUCCUGAUGGAAUUGAUCUAUCAUUAUACAAAGAGGAAAGCCAGCUGAAAAAGAAACGUCGACCAAGUAAGAGAAAAGCUUCGUCGCCGUUAAGAUCACCUGCAAAAUUGUCGUCUGCUGGAGUGGAUAAGAAGUUGCCUGAAACUCCAAAAGUAAAAAAGAAGGCUCAGGCUACUGCUAAAAAAGUAACCAGAAAACAACAGCAACAAACUGCUGCGGCGGUGGAAAGGAAGGCAACCGGUACGGCCACAUCUACGACGAAAAGAGUCCCGUCCACGAGCGGAGGCCGAGCUGAGAGGGCUAAAAGACGAUUGCACGAGACAGCGAGUGUUUCUAAAUCAGCUGCUUCCACUCCUGUCGACUCCAAGAAGGCCAAGGUAUUGGCUAAAAUGGCGAAGAAGAGGACUGGCGUGUCUGUACCAGUUACUAAAGUUUCAAAAGCAGCUGUCAAAACGUCAAAAGCUGCCGUUUCAAAAGGUCAGAAGCAACCUCCUCCUAAGCAGGCGUUGCAGCCUCAGCAGCAAGUGAGAAAAUCAAGGCGGGGCCGAAAAUAAAACGAAUAA